AGUGUGAUAGUAAAUUCCGACAGAUUUGCAUCGCUGAUUGUAUUACGGUAUUAUGCUAUUACACUGAAAAACGGAGAUCUUUCGAUGAAUUCAGUGAUCGUAUGGAUAUAGAAAAAAAAGUUAUUGUUAAAUACUUGACGUAUAAUUGAAGGGAAAAUUAAUAUAAAAAAAGAAACAUGGACACGGGCGGUAUUACUGAGAUACCACGGUACGGCUUUAAGGUCCGUCUUGAUCACGAAUUCCCUGAAAAAUGGUCGCCUAGUUGUCGGCUACGGCUUAGUCAAUUGUAUAAUAUUGUAGUGACGAGCUGGAGAUAUGUAUUUUAUUAUUGGAACGCUGUGAAGCGGAAGAAGAAAUUGCCGUGCAUGGACUUUUUCUAUCCCAGGACUGGAAUGCGAAUUUACGGUGCACCGAUCGGCGGAUUGGGAGCAGGUACGAUGGGACGAGGUUUUAAAGGUGAAUUUUGCCGUAACGGUCUAGUACCCGGAAUUUAUCAAUAUAACAUCGUAGAUGCGAAUCGUUUUAUCGUUACGAUCAGGAGCACAGAUGGGAAUACACUUUAUCAGCGAGUUUUGUCGCCGGGUUCGAGCCGAAAGCGAAAAAAUCUGUCCAGUUGGGACUGGAACUACGAUGGCAAGGAUGCUUUUUACACAGCGCUUUAUCCACGUUCGUGGACUGUUUACGAAAUACCUCAAUUUCAACUCAGGCUUAUUUGUCGUCAAAUAUCUCCGGUCAUACCACACAAUUACAAAGACAGCUCGCUACCCUGCGCCAUUUUUGUUUGGCAAAUCGACAAUUCGUCCAAUCGUGAUUUCGACAUCAGCAUUACGUUCGUCUUUCAAAGUGGACAAGGCAACGAAAACAGCGAAGGUGACAAAUGGAACGAGUCAUUCGAGUACGAGGAUGAUACGAUUGGUGUGAUGAUACACCAGCAGUUGAAUUCGAUGCCGUGCACAUAUGCGGUCGCUGGGAGGUCACGAAGCGGUGUUUUCAUAUCGCGCAAGGUUAAUUUCGACCCGUCCGGCGAUGGCCGCGAUUUGUGGACGUCUUUAAAUGACACGGGAAAACUUGACUCCCGAGCGGAAAAAAAUAGCGAAAAAACAAAAAAAGAAACAGCUUGUGCUGUUUGCGCUUCGACUUUCGUCGCGGCAGGAGAAACGCGUGACGCGGAAUUCAGUCUGGUUUGGGACAUGCCGAAAAUUCACUUCGUGGACAAUCGCCGAGAAUGGAUGAGAUUUUACACGACGUAUUUCCACGACGACGAAAAAUCCGUUGCUCCGGAGAUAUCGAAUUAUGCUUUGAAGAAUUAUGCCUCCUGGGAAAACGAUAUACACAAGUGGCAGAGCGAAGUAUUGGACGAUGAGGCCUUGCCGGAUUGGUACAAAAGUGCAUUGUUCAACGAAUUGUAUUACGUCGCUGACGGUGGAACCGUUUGGUUACGUCCGAGCGAAAAUGAUCACUUCCCCGUGACCGAUCCCCGGCACAAGUACGGACGCUUCGCGUAUCUGGAAGGUCACGAAUACAGAAUGUACAACACUUACGAUGUUAAUUUUUACGCGUCUUUCGCUCUUGCGAGUUUAUGGCCGAAUUUGGAAGCCUCGUUGCAGUACGAGGUUCGUGAUGCCGUACAAAAAACGCACGAUGAAUCGCGAACGCUGAUUUUCCGUGGUGGUAAAGCCGCGAGGAAGGUCGCAGGUUCCGUGCCUCACGACAUGGGCGAUCCCUCGGAGGAGCCAUUCGAACGGAUAAAUGCUUACCCGAUCCACGACGUUUCCAACUGGAAAGAUUUGAAUCCAAAAUUCGUCUUAAGCUGUUAUCGGGACUACGCGAUGACCGGCAAUUCACAGCAGCUGAAAGAUUUUUGGGUGACCUUGAAAGAAGUUAUUGAACAUUCGAUGAGGUCGGACAAGGACGGGGACGGUCUUAUCGAGAAUUCGGGAAUUCCGGAUCAUACUUACGACCUUUGGAUGCCCGAGGGCCCGAGCUCGUAUUGCGGAAGCUUGUGGCUCGGAGCUCUCAGGUGCUUUACAAAAAUUGCCGAGAUUCUCGAUCAUAAAGAGACGGCUAUGGAAUAUGAAGCUGUAUUGGCCAAGGCUAGUGAGGCCUUUCAGGAAAAACUGUGGAAUGGUCAUUAUUAUAACUUCGACAGCAGCAAAUCGAUACAUCAGAAAGUAAUAAUGAGCGAUCAACUCUGCGGACAAUGGUAUCUCCAGGCCUGCGGAUUCGGUCACGAAAUUUUCCCCGAGGAUCGCGUUAAGUCGGCUCUGCGGGUGAUUUUUCACAAUAACGUCAUUAAGUUUAAGGACGGUCAACAAGGAGCCGUUAAUGGUUACGUUCCGGGGGUUGGUAUAGACACUGUAACGGUACAGAGCGAAGAAAUGUGGACCGGAGUCACUUAUGGUUUAGCUGCUCUGAUGAUACACGAGGGCAUGAUCGAGGAAGGUUUUCAAACUGCAGAGGGUGUUUAUAGAACGGUAUACGAGAAAAUAGGUCUUGGCUUCGAAACUCCCGAGGCGCUACAAGAGAACAAGGUUUAUCGUUCCAUUGGUUAUAUGAGGCCUCUGGCUAUUUGGGGAAUUCAGCACGCUUGGAAGAUUCACAAGGAGAGAUCAGCGGCGGCCACAGGAUAAUAGCGAAGUUACGAUACUUUUUUUCAACAUCAUUAUUAUCACUGUAUUUAUUGGUCAUUUGAUAUUUGCACUUUUCUCAGUAUGAAACAUAAUAAUAAACAUUGUGUACGUCGACAAA